UGUACUCACCUACCACCGUCACAACCAGCCUCGUAAAAGUCGCCGUGUUCAUUAAACAGACCCAACUGCCCGAACCCCACACAUUUCGCCACCGAAAGAUUCAUCGGCGGAUCUUUCAAUGCUGACUCCCUCUUUCAAAACUCGCACUCUCUCUCUCUAAGGACAUGACGAUAACUCCAAAUCCUCACAUCAAUCCUCUCUGCAAAUCUUCGAUCAUCAGCAACUACACACAAAUUCUUUCGAAUCCAGACGUUUCAGAGGUAAAUUUUCGCUGCUUCUUUGUCUAUAUUCACUUCUAUUGUUGUGUUCCUUGUUAUUCUUCACAAAGUACUGAACAUGGACAUCCCACUAUCUCGUUACCAAAACAUAUCAUUGGAUCAUAUUCAAAUUAGUUGUAGAAUUCCAUAUUUAACAAAGCCUAAGAUUUUCCGAGAAAAAUCGUUGUUCUCAAGAAAAUGGAGAGCCCCAUUUUCUCGAAUCAGGUGUUGUUUUGUAGAACAAGAGUUGCGUCCACGACCCAUUCAAAAGCCUUUGAAAAAACCUGACCUUGAUGUAGAUAAAAAAAUUCAUCCGGAAGAAACCCAGAUCAGAAGUUCAAGUUCAGGAAUUUGUGGUCAGAUAGAAAAGUUAGUUCUAUAUAGGAGGUACGGAGAGGCACUUGAAUUGUUCGAAAUUUUGGAAUGUGAGGGUGAUUAUGAAUUGGGUUGCAGCACUUACGAUGCAUUAGUGAAUGCGUGCAUUGGCUUGAAAUCGAUGAGAGGGGUUAAAAGGGUGUUUAAUUAUAUGAUUGAUAGUGGGUUUGAGAUUGAUCAGUAUAUGAGGAACAGGGUGCUGUUGAUGCAUGUGAAAUGUGGGAUGAUGAUUGAUGCCCGUGCAUUAUUUGAUGAAAUGCCUCAGAGAAACUUGGUUUCGUGGAACACGAUAAUUGGGGGACUAGUGGACACCGGAGAUUACAUAGAGGCAUUCCGGUUGUUCCUGAUAAUGUGGGAGGAGUUUUCGGAUGCUGGGUCUCGCACGUAUGCUAUGAUGAUUCGGGCAUCUGCUGGGUUGGAACUUCUUUUCCCCGGAAGACAGUUACAUUCAUGUGCUGUGAAGAUGGGUGUAGGUGCAGAUAUUUUUGUUUCUUGUGCGUUGAUUGACAUGUAUAGUAAGUGUGGCAGCAUUGAGGAUGCUCAGUGUGCUUUUGAUGUGAUGCCGGAGAAAACUACAGUAGGAUGGAAUUCAAUUAUUGCAGGUUAUGCACUUAAUGGCUAUAGUGAGGAAGCUUUGAGUAUGUAUUAUGAGAUGCAGGAUUCUGGUGUGAAAAUGGACCAUUUUACAUUUUCGAUGAUUAUAAGAGUAUGUGCAAGGUUAGCUUCGUUGGAACAUGCCAAACAAGCUCAUGCAGGUCUUGUUCGCCAUGGUUUUGGGUUAGAUAUAGUAGCUAAUUCAGCUCUUGUGGAUUUUUAUAGCAAAUGGGGAAGAAUAGAAGACGCCCGGAAUAUUUUUGAAAAGAUGCCCCACAAGAAUGUCAUAUCUUGGAAUGCAUUAAUUGCUGGAUAUGGUAAUCAUGGUCGGGGAAUUGAGGCAGUUGAGUUAUAUAAGUGGAUGCUUCGCGAAGGAAUGGCACCAAAUCAUGUCACUUUUCUUGCUGUUUUAUCUGCUUGUAGCUACUCAGGUUUAUCAGAUCUUGGAUGGGACAUUUUUGAAUCGAUGAGCAGGGAUCACAAGGUUAAGCCCCGAGCAAUGCACUAUGCAUGCAUGAUUGAAUUAUUAGGCCGAGAAGGACUUCUAGAUGAAGCUUUUGCUUUGGUAAGAGAUGCUCCCUUUCGGCCUACAUUGAAUAUGUGGGCUGCCUUGCUGACAGCUUGUAGAGUACACAAGAAUUUGGUACUUGGAAAGUUCGCAGCUGAGAAAAUUUAUGGAAUGGAGCCAGAAAAGCUUAGUAAUUAUGUCAUGCUUUUGAAUAUAUAUAACAGUUCUGGAAAGUUGGAGGAAGCUGCAGCCGUUGUCCACGCCUUGAAAAAAAGGGGUUUGAGAAUGCAGCCUGCAUGCACUUGGAUAGAAAUCAAGAAACAGCCGCACACAUUCUUUUCUGGAGACAAGAGUCAUGUCCAAACAAAAGAAAUCUAUGAAAAAUUAGACAAGUUGAUGUUGGAGAUUACAAAACAUGGUUAUGCUCCUGAGGGGAAAACUUUGCUUCCUGAUGUGGAUGAAAAGGAAGAGCGGCUGUCAUCGUACCACAGUGAAAAGCUGGCAAUUGCUUUUGGGCUGAUUAACACUUCCUCUUCAACACCAUUGCAGCUUGUGCAGAGCCAUCGGAUUUGCGGUGACUGCCAUAAUGCAGUUAAGUUAAUAGCCAUGGUUACUGGACGGGUUAUUGUAGUCAGGGAUGCUAGCAGAUUCCACCGUUUCAAAGACGGGAGUUGUUCUUGUGGGGAUUAUUGGUGAAGCUAAUAAUAUUUUCAGUGACACAGUAAAUCUGCAAUACAUGAAAUUGUAUGUUACACUUUUUUUUUUUUUUUCAAUAUCAGAAAUAUUAACUCCAACUAUAUAUUUGUAGUUUUAUUAAGCAUUCAAUAGAAGCCAUAAUUCUUUCACAUUAACUCAGAA